AUGCAGCGAGCGGAGCGAUUUGAGAUUUUCUUCUACAUCGUAGCCCUCGCCGCUGGAUGUUGCAUUUCAGUUCUUCUUAAACUCAACGAAACUAAUUUCAAUGGUGACUGUUUACUUUUUGGAAAACUGGAUAUUCUAACCAACAACAUAUUCAUGGGAAGUCAAGCGUACUGUAAUUUUACAUUUUACUCCUCUUUGACAAACGCCAUCUUAGCGAUUUUGCUCGGAUUUGGCCAAUGCUGCUGUAGUGUACACACCUACAAUUGGAGGUAAGGUGUUGAUUAAAUAAAAUUGAUGGCGAGUUUAUUAAGACGAUCGAAGUGCCGAAAUCUUAUUUAUUAUUUUUAAAUAUAUUCAACUCUAUCAUGCAUAUUUUUAUUUCCAAUUUUUUAUCUCCCAGAUUAGUUAUUCCCUCUCUAGUAUAGAUUCCAUGUUACCGCGGGUCUGAACAGUUGUACAUCACAGGAGACGUCAAAAUCUGAUUUACUAAUUAAAAAAGUAAAAAAUGGACGCACAGCGCCAUAGAAUUCGAAUCGAUUUGUUAAAAAGUAAAAGAUAAAAAAAGUUAAACAUACUGCUUCCUAAACCCUACCAUCAACCUUUAGAUGUCCAGUUUUCAGGAAAAAUUUGUUCUUCUUAAGUUUGAAAUUCCGCUUUUUAAAGCUCACAUUAGAGAGGUUUCACAUGUACAUGUGUGUAUUUGUCACCACCUGUCAACAUUGACACUUCAACAAAGAAUCAAUUUUUAAAUUUAAUUUUAAGUUUUUGUCUUCAGCCCUACUCAUAUUUCCUUCAACAUUCCACCAUUUCUAGCGUAGUUUACUUCAAAUUCAUGGCCACCAUUUUAGCAGCAAUUGCAUGGAUCAACUGCUUGGUGUGUACUAUAUUUAUCAUCACUGGCUUCAACAAAUGGUGUAACUCUGUAACCAACAAUGGAAACAUUGAAAGGUAUGUUUCAUUGGAAGUCUUUCUCACAAGCAGCAUUGUUCUUAUGGAACAGAAAGCUCUGCAAGCCUUCAAAACCACCUGCUUGCCAUUGUUUACAUUUAUUUAAUGCAAAUGUUAAAUUUCUAUUUCAGGAAAUUUGUAUCACAUGCAAGCUGAGUUUGUUGAUUUUUAUUUUUAUAAUUACUGUUCUUCCUGAUUUGAGGGUUUGACCCUUUAGCACCCAGGAGUGACCAGCACCUAAAUUCUCCUCCCAAUAAUACCCUUGAAUAAACCUCCUUAAUCUAAAUCAUAGCUAUUGAAAUAAUGACAAUCUCUGACUAUUCACAUGUGAAGCUUAUGUCAUCUACAGGUGCAAAAAUGCAGAAAGGUGGGAUUGGACUGUUUACAGACCAGUUGGCAUUGAUGGCAGAAGCUUUUACACCCACCUGUUUAUAGCAGAGGUUUGUGUAGCCUACAUAUAGCCAUACCUCCCCCCCCCCCACUUCAUUUUACCUUGGGAGGGGAAGGGCACAGCUAAAUGUAGGCUAAGGUUUGUGAUGUCAUUGAAUAAAAAUUUCAAAUGAAUGUUAACAUUGAACAUUGAACAGCUAGUCAAUAAUUUUUAUGAGGUCUUUCUUGUGCUGUAUGGCAAAUCAUUCAAUGACAGAUCUCUUAAGAAAAAUUGGUUAAUUUUGUUUCCUGAGAAUCUCAGUGUUUCCCAAGGCAAAGCCUCAGGAAAUAUUGAAAUCUUUAGGGGAAUAAAAUUAUUUUUUUGAGAGCCUAGUCAUCAAGUGAUUUGUAAUACAGCACAAGGAAUACAUUACUUAAAUUUCAAUUAACCCUUUACACCCUAACAUCAAUAUCCAUAUUCUCUAUACUCCUUCUAUACACUUCUUUUGGUACUGACAAGGAGAAAUUGUCUUUUAAUCAAAGCUUCUUGGAUUGGCAAUCAUUUUCUAUAUUCUCACAAUGUUGAUAGAAGAUGCUAAUGAGCAAUAUUGCUGUGAGGAGAACUUACAUGGCGGUCAACCUUAGUUUAACACCAUUUCACACCAAUUUUGGUCAUGUUUUGUUCACCUGCAACAGUCAAGAGGAUCUCAAUGGGGUGAUGGCUUUUAUGGCUAUCUGUUAAAAUUUUGGCCAAUUUCUGGCUAACGGUUAACACCUUUCCAUUGUUUCCACAUGAGAUAUUUUUUACGGUUAACUUUGUUUACGACUAACGGUUAAAAUUUGUCAAUUUUUACAUCUAAAGGCUAAAUAUUUUGGCCGUUUUAUGGCUAACGGUUAACCCCAUUGGGACCCUCAGUCAAUGUUCACAGGUAACACAGCACAGGUACCCAUGCCACUGACUAAGAAAAAUUUUGCAAUAUCAGUUAUUCAGAGACCUGCCUGAAAAUAGUUUUGUUGUUAAAUGUCAUGUGACCUCAAAGUAAACAAUGAAAGGGUGAACAUUUGGGGAAAAAAUUUCAGCUAUUUGACAAAAAGUCUCAAUAUAACAACUUUAAUACAUGCGUUUUCAUUUUUUUUUACACCAGGUUGCAUCAUAUUCUGCUUUAGGGAUUUGGUUUAUCAUAACAGUGUUCUCUGGUAGAAAUUUCAAGAAAAGCUUGUUUGAGAUGAAAGCUUCUGAGUAUUACAUUACUGAUGAGAGAAUGGCAUACUCAUCACCCAUCCAAGAAAUUCCAUUUUAUGAGGUUACAAGUGACAGGGGAUCAAGAUAUCUUUAA